UUAAAAUCGCUGUGCUAUUGGAAUUUGGGUGUUUUAGUCAGGACGUGCUUGUCACCUCUGCCUCUGGUGUUUCAGUCUUGAAUCUAUCUGCCAGAGAGACGACUAUGAAGAGGUUAACACAUUUCAUCACGAUGUCUCUUCCCUCCUGACCGUGUAAUCGAACUUUAGUGGUGCAUCCAAAGAGGGGUUCAAAUGACUUUUUGAGCAUUUAGUGGGUGUGCUGAAUCCUGCAGAUUACGAACUCUGCAGGACAUCCAAUGAAAACAACAACACCUUAAUUGAAUUGGGGAUUGGCGCCUCUCACUUUUUAAUUUAACGUUGUUGUUUUUUUAAGGACACUCUCAUCAUGACGAUUCCAUUAUCUCGGACUCAACUAGCCCUGUUUUUCAUCCUCCUGUGUCCGGUCAAUAUCAUUGGGUUAUGGUGGGCAGUGGGGAGCCCUCUGGUCAUGGACCCCAAUAGUAUCUGUCGGAAGACCAAGCGACUAGCGGGCAAGCAGGCCGAGCUGUGCCAGAACCAGCCAGAGAUCGUCCACGAGGUCGCCAAGGGUGCCAAGCUGGGUGUGCGGGAGUGCCAGUACCAGUUUCGUUUUCGCCGCUGGAACUGCACCAGUCAGAACAAGUACUUUGGCAAAAUACUCCAACAAGACAUCCGGGAGACAGCGUUUGUGUACGCCAUCACAGCGGCUGGGGUGACCCACACGGUGACUCAGGCCUGCAGUAUGGGGGAGCUGCUGCAGUGUGGCUGUGAGGCGACCAGGAGCAGGGCUCCCCCCCGGCCUGCCUCCUCCUCCACCACCACCUCUGGCGAGGGAGUCAAGUGGGAGUGGGGCGGCUGCGGAGACGACGUGGAGUUUGGCUACGAGAAGUCCAAGCAGUUCAUGGAUGCCAAGAGGAAAAAGGGCAAGAGUGACAUCAGGACGUUGAUCGAUCUCCACAACAACGAAGCAGGACGACUGGCGGUGAGGAAUUAUAUGAGGACUGAAUGUAAAUGUCAUGGCCUGUCCGGGUCUUGCACACUCCGGACCUGCUGGAAAAAGAUGCCUCACUUUCGCGAGGUGGGUGAUCGCCUCCUAGAGCGGUUCAAUGGCGCUUCCAAGGUGAUGGGAGGCAAUGAUGGCAAGACCCUGGUCCCCGUAGGCCAGAACAUCAAGCCUCCGAGCAAACAGGACCUGAUCUACUCGGCCGAGUCGCCCGACUUCUGCUCGCCCAAUAGGAAGACGGGCUCGCUGGGCACGCGGGGCCGCAUGUGCAACAGCACAGCCAUGGACGUGAGCGGCUGUGACCUGCUGUGCUGUGAGCGUGGCUACCGAGACGAGACGGUGGUGUUCGAGGAGAACUGCCUCUGCCGCUUCCACUGGUGCUGCGUGGUGCAGUGUAAGAAGUGCUCGGUGAGGAAAGAACUCAGUCUCUGUCACUAGCAUUACCAUAGUGAAGCUGGGUUGGUUUCAGGCCUGGCCUCUUCUGCCUCACACGAAAGAUGCACUGAGAUCAUGCUCCCACAGUUCAAUUCAGGAGCAUGCUGAGAGAUUAGUAUCUUAUCUAGGAUCAUCUACGACAGACAGCUGCAGUAACUCUUCUCUCAAGCUGUAGAAUAGUCCAGAAUGGCCGCUACUCCAGUGCUCACCACAUAGAGCUCUAUGACCCAGAAACGGAGGCUCUUUUAGGCUCUUUUUCUAGAAACCCACUGGAGGAACUUACCCAACAACUGUUCCAGCUCUCCAGAGUGGAAUAUUGAAGGUCACAUCUAAGGUUAAAAGUUCAAAUUCAGCUCCGAGAACGCUCUAGAACAGAACGGUUCGGUCCCAUCUCAUAGAAGACCAUCAGACAGCUUGGUACCAUUCUCAGUCGUCGGUACGGAGGUCGUUGCCUCUAAAGCAGUGGUUCCCAAACGUGUUUGCGCAGUGACCCACCUCAAGCCUUUCGCCAUUGAACCAGAAAAUAGCAUAACAACUGUUUCUAGCCUCAAACCCAAUGCCAAUGCCCUCUAGGAACAUGCUUACGACCCACAAUUAGGGAAACACUCUUCAUAGUCAGUUAACCAUGUAACUACAAGUGAGGACUAUUGUAACAAAAGCAUAAUGACUUUUGAGUGUGGAAAAUAAGACUUAUGGUCUUGGUAACAAGGUAGCAAGCACAUCAGCAUGCUACGUUUCUACACACGGUAACUGGAAUGUUAUGGAAGAAAGGAAAAUGGACACGCACAACGUGGAAUACAGGUAUCAAGCACAAAACGUAUGAAAAAGGGAAAUCUGGGGAUUAUUUGUUUGGAGGACGAACCCCAUCACGUUUCAUGGUGAGGAGCUGAACUGACACCCGAGACUAUUAUUUAUGGACAUUUUAUGACAAGACUACUCAUAGUGAUAAGUUGAGGGACGUGCCUACCGUCUCUCUGAAAAGCACUUUGGACAUGGGAGCUAUCUCUGUGAACCAUAUGUUACAUUGGUUGUUGUUUGAGUAGUUUGGAAAUGGAGACUUCUUUUUGUUCUUCGUACGAGGUGCAGUACGGAGAAAGUAUAAUAUUAUGUUUAUCUGUUUAAUAUACAGGGCUUUUGUAAUGCACUUUCAAUUAAAGCAUUUGCUGCGUGUAGAUUUGUUACAUAUAGUCAUGUUGUGCAGAAUGGCCAUUCCAACAAUCACAUUUACAAUGCUGACAAUGAAUCCAUCCAUUUGUCUCUUUGAUAAGUCAACUCGCUGAAGUGAGUUGGAUGACAGGAAGCCCAUUUCUUUUGACUCUCUGCCUACGUUCUUCGGGAAUAGGCAGAUCAGAUCUCUGCUUAUUU